ACUGAAUAAUCGUUCCGCUCAGGAAGCGAGUUGUUGGAAUACGGGUGGGAUAAAGAAAAUAACGCGUAGCCAAGCGCUUGGUGUAACUUUAAAGUCAGUUGUUUGUUAAUUGUAUUAAAAAUCUGUGUACUUUUGUGUUUUAAACAUUAACCCAGAAUGGCAUCAGCUCCAGCCCAACAGCCCACACUGACAAUAGAACAAGCCAGAGUGGUGAUGAGUGAGGUGAUCCAGGCUUUCUCUGUGCCUGAGAAUGCCUCUCGGAUGGAGGAGGCCAGAGAAAGUGCCUGUAAUGACAUGGGGAAGAUGCUCCAGCUGGUUCUUCCUGUGGCUACACAAAUCCAGCAGGAAGUGAUCAAGGCUUACGGCUUCAAUAACGAAGGAGAAGGUGUUCUGAAGUUUGCCAGACUGGUGAAGAUGUACGAGUCUCAGGACCCAGAAAUCGCUGCCAUGUCGCUCAAGCUGAAGUCUCUUCUCCUGCCUCCUCUCUCCGCUCCGCCCAUCGGUGGAGGAAUUCCAGCUUCGUAAAUUCAGCUCAAUCAACACCCACUUCGCAGGGGUUUAAAACAUAUUCACUUUAACUGUCAUCCGAAAUAUAGGUGGAUUUUCCAGACUGCGAUUAUUAAACAGAUUCACAAUCAGUGUCUUUUAGUGGGUUUAAGACACGUUUUUACCCACCGCAAAGAAUUUCAGUUUAUGUUCUAUAUGUUACAGAAACAUCACUGCUGUACAGUCUGUGCAAUUUAUCUCCGUAGUUGUCGCAGUGACAAUUCCAAAAGGACGGAAAUCACCUGCUAUAAAGAGCACAAACAAAUAAAUCCUACAUAUCACAGUCUGGAAAAUCCACUGUUCAUAUCCUGAACUUCUCACAUUUCCAUGGCAUUCCUACUUUUGUAUCAUCAUUGCAUACUCUCGCUCCUAUUUAUUUGUAUUACGAUGUAUUAUAGUACGAUUCUUUUUGCACAAACCUGGACAUUCCUCUGAAAUAACAACAACAUUUGAAGAGGUGAGUGAAAGAGACUUUAAGCGAUAUCUCACUCUGAUGUAAAUCCUGCAGCUGCUGUGGAAAUUCCAGCAGUGCAAAGAUCCCGAGGAACAGUUAAGCCAGGAAUAAGAUGUAUGGUAUGUAGUUAAUCAGCAAACUCUGUUUUCUUUGCUUUAGUUUUUUAGUUUUUGCACCUUUUUCCGAACAAAUAAUAGAAAAUUCUCUAACCCAGAGUCUUUUACUUAACUAGCUUCCUCAAUCCACUUCCAGUGCUACAGUAACUUUAUAAAGGCAGCCAAACACUCCAGACACUGGAGGCUUAAAAAGAACGACCUACACUUGUCGUCCACUUUAUUAGGAACGCCUGCACUUUCAAGCGUUUAUCUAAUUAACCAAUUAUGUGGCAGCAGCGUAAUACAUAAAAUCAUAUGGGUGAGGAUCAAGAGCUUCGUUUUAUGUUCACAUCAAACAUCAGAAGGAAGAAAAAGUCUGAUCUCUGUGACCUUAAUCGUGGUAUGGUUUUUAGAUGGGCUGGUUUGAGUAUUUGAGAAACUGUUGAUCUCUUGCUGGGAUUUUCACACACAACAGUCUGUAGAGUUUAUAAGGGAUAGAAGAAGAAAAACCAGAAUGCAUUGUGUGAGCGACGGUUCUGUGUGUGAAAACACCUCGUUGAUGAGAGAUCUGAGGAGAAUGGCCAGAUUGAUUCAAGCUGACAGGAAGGAUAUAGUAAGUCAUAUGAUAACAGAAAAGCAUCUCGGCAUAUGUUGUAUAUCAAACCUUGAUGUUAAUAAUAAUACAAAAGCAGAAGACCUCAUCAGGUUUCUCUCCUGUCAGCCAAGAACAAGACUCUGAGGGUAUCAUGAGCACAGACUUGCAUAAAUAGCCUCAGAUUCCUGUUCUUAGCUGACAGGAGUCAAGCCCAAUGUGUUGUUCUGCUUGAGUGAUUAUAUGGCUUACUUUAUCUUUCCUGGCAGCUCAAACCAAUCUGUCUAUUUUCAUCUGAACUCUCUCAUCAACGAGGUGUUUCCACACAUAGAUCCGUCACUCACUUAAUGUUUUUUUUGUUUUCUGCACCGUUCUGUGUAAACUCAAGAAACUGUUGCGUGGUGUGAAAAUCCCAGCAGAAGAUCAUGUGUUUCUCAAAUACUCAAACCAGCCCAUGUGCUACAACCAAGCCACAGCUACAGUCCCAGAGAUCAGACUUUUUCUUCAUUCUGAUGACGGAUGUGAACAUGAAUUGAAGCUCUUGACACGUAUGUGUAUGAUUCUAUACAUCAUGCUGCUGCCACAUGAUUGGAUGAUUAGAUAACUGCUUGAACAUGUAGGUGUUCCUAAUUAAGUGGACAGUGAGGUUGCAACAAAUUUCAGUAAUUUUGUUAGGAAUUUUCGUCUCAAAGCUCCAGGUCAAUACUAAAGAACAAGCCCGUUAGAAAUAAGAUGAACAUAUGAUAGCAUGUUAUGUCUGAACUGACUGCUGCAUGUGAUCUAGGACGAGGAGAAACUUUCCUUCAUACUGUAAAGUGUCCGAUAAAUCUGUGAAUUAAUGUUCAGUUGCAUCACCUUCAUCAAAACACUAUCCACAUUUUCAUUUCCUUGAAAAGGUUUGUAUUUUUUGUGAAUUCAUUUUUGGUGUGCAAUAAAAACUCAAAUCAGGAUCAUCA